CUUAGGUCGAGGGAGGGCUGUGUUGGUGGGCGAGUUCGUUAGGCAUCCCGCGGAGCAGGUGGUCCAGAAGUCAGGCGCUGCAGGCUGAACCCUGAGAUGCGCUCCCGUGGAGGGUACAACACAGAAGAGAAAAAAAUGGCCAUUGCAUGUUUAGAAGAGAAGUUUGAGCUGGCAGCUGUUUGUUUCAGAAGUCAGUGAUGUGCAGUGAUGUUGCUUUGACUUCUCAGGGGAAGAGAGGAAAUGCCUGGACUCUACUCACAGGGAUUUGUACAGAGAAGUGAUGUCUGGAAAGCUGACUUGGGGUCAGUUGACUUGACUUUUCGAUGUAUGAAUAAGGACUUAUCUUCAAAAUAUCACAUUAAGGAAUCAGAAUGAUCUCAGUGGGAAGUGAGUGACAGGUUUAAGAACUGCACCUAAGACUAAUACUAAUUUUGGAAGCUUUUUGGAAGUCAAAGACAGGCUAGAGGAGGAAGAAGAAAAUCAGAAGUAAUAUUACAGGCAAGAGAUGAUAACAUAUGACAAAAUGUCCGUCUUCAGCCCUCAUGCUUGUUUAUCUCAGCAUCUGAGAGCUCACUCUACGGAGAAAGCCUAUAAAUGCGAGGACUGUGGGAAAGCCUUCAGACGGGCCUCACACCUAACUCAGCAUCAGAGCAGCCACACUGGGGAGAAGCCCUAUGAAUGUAAGCAGUGUGGGAAAGCCUUCAGUCGUGAUUCUCAGCUAAGUCUUCAUCAAAGACUUCACACUGGCGAGAAACCCUAUGCAUGCAAGGAAUGUGGAAAGGCUUUUACUCAAAGCUCACAACUUAUUUUACACCACAGAAUUCAUACUGGUGAGAAACCAUAUAAGUGUGAAGAAUGUGGGAAAGCCUUUAUUCGAAGCUCACAACUCAGCCGACAUCAAAAAGUCCAUACUGGUGAGAAGCCCUUUGAAUGUAAAGAAUGUGGAAAGGCUUUCCCUCAGAAUUCGCAGCUUACUCUGCACCAGAGACUGCAUACUGGGGAGAAGCUUUAUGACUGUACAGAAUGCAGGAAGGUCUUUACUCAGCUGUCCCAGCUCAUUCUCCACAGAAGAAUCCACACUGGAGAGAAGCCCUAUGCGUGUCUAGAAUGCGGGAAGGCUUUUAUUUGUGGCUCCCAGCUCUCACAGCACCGGAAAACUCACAAUGGGGAAAAGCCAUAUGAGUGUAAGGAAUGUGGGAAGGCUUUUAUCCGAGGCUCACUACUUAUGCAACAUCAAAGGAUUCAUACUGGUGAGAAGCCCUAUAAGUGUGAUGAGUGUGGAAAGGCUUUUAUCCGUGGCUCCCAGCUUACUCAACAUCAGAGGAUUCAUACUAACGAAAAGCCAUAUGAAUGUAAAGAAUGUGGAAGGACCUUUAGUCAUGGCUCACAACUUACUCAACAUCAGAGAAUUCAUACUGGUGAGAAACCUUACCAAUGUAAGGAGUGUGGGAAAGCCUUUAAUCGUGGGUCACUCCUUACUCGGCAUCAGAGGAUUCACACUGGUGAAAAACCCUAUGACUGUAAAGAGUGUGGAAAAAAUUUUAGUCGAGGCUCAGAACUUACGCAGCAUGAGAGAAUUCACACUGGUGAGAAACCCUAUGACUGUAAGGAGUGUGGAAAAUCUUUUAUUCGUAGCUCACAGCUUACUCAACAUCAAAGAAUCCAUACCGGUGAAAAACCAUAUGAAUGUAAAGACUGCAGAAUGGCCUUCACUCAGAGCUCGCAUCUUUCCCAGCACCAGAAACUGCACACUGGUGAGAAGCCCUAUGUAUGCAGUGAAUGUGGCAAAGCCUUUGCUCGUGGAUUGCUGCUCAUACAGCAUCAGAGAAUUCAUACUGGGGAAAAACCGUAUCAGUGUAGGGAAUGUGGGAAGGCCUUUAUCCGCGGUUCCCAGCUUACUCAACAUCAGCGAACUCACACUGGAGAAAAACCUUAUGAAUGCAAGGAAUGUGGGAAGGCCUUUGGCCAUGGCUCUCAGCUUACUCUACAUCAGAGAAUCCAUACAGGUGAGAAGCCCUAUGAAUGUAAAGACUGCAGAAAGACCUUCACUCAAAGCUCACAUCUUUCUCGGCACCAACGAAUUCAUACUGGUGAGAAGCCAUACCAAUGUAAAGAAUGUAAGAAGGCUUUUACUCGAGGGUCACAAUUAAUGCACCAUCAGAGGAUUCAUAGCAGUGACAAAUCUUUUGACUGUAAAGAAUGUGGAAUAGACUUCAGUCAUCAUUCACAAAUUUUUGUUUGAGUUAACUUAUUCUUUUCGAUUAGCAUAGCUUUUCCUAUCAUUAUCAGUGAAGAAUUCUCACAGAUGUGAAUAUGGGAUUCAUGAGGUUCAGCAUUUGGAAAAUUAUAUGGGAGAAUGGAAAUGCUGAUAUAAUUCACAUAGGAAAGCAUUUGUUUAUAACUAUAUUACAUUUUAGCAAAUUAGAAAGUGAUUCUGUUACUGUGGUAUAAAAGUGUCAACAUUAUUGUGGGCCUAUCCAUUCACUUCCUUUGUGACAUGUGUUAUAAAUAGCCUUGCUUUGAUUUAUUCAUUUGUAAGAUAGAUCUAAGGCUAUUUUUUGUCUCAUCAUGUCUAAACAUGUAAAAGCACUUAGUGCCUUGAACAUAGCAUAUCAUAAACAUUAGGUGUUAUUUUUAUUAUUGGGAUUCCAGAGAAUUUGCAUGAAAGGAAGGAACUGUGGAGUUAACAUUAAACCUUUCACUAUUAUUUGUCUUAGACAAAUUAUUUGGGUGGGAUGCAUUAUACACUGUUACCAAUGUAAGAAAGUAUUCAAAUCUCAUGUAUUUAUUAUAAGAGAAAUGUAUGGUAUGAAGGCACUCUGUGGCAUUGUGGGCUAUUGAGUACCACUGUCCCUGAAUGUAGGAGAGGUGUGGUUUCUCAUAAAAGUCCCAAGCUUACAUGUUUCACCCACUUUGAUGUCAACUCAAGAAUAUUAUUUAUAAAUGAUGAACUAAAUACUCAAGAUUAAUCUAGGAAAUAAAAGAACUUGAAUAUUUAGUUUGUUACCUAAAGUAAAAAGUUACACCCAUAGCCUGUAUUUCAUUUACAAUGAAAGAAUCAGAUGUGUUGUAUUGCGGAUUGCUGUUGUACCCAGUUUUCAUUUCCAUGUCAAUCACAAAAAAUCCUGUCUCAGUCUCCAUUGCAGGUCAACAAGAUGAAAAUGGUAUUUGUAUGAGUAAAAUAUUUAAGACGUCCUUCCUCUGUUUCUUAACACUGUAGGCAUCUGAGGUGGAGCCCAGAUAGCCUCAUGAGGAUUUUAGAAGUGGUAUCUGGGUAUUUUGGAUGGUGGAGGCUGCAACCCUGCUGAUUUUGUGAACAGUAAUUCCAACU